CCUCUUCAUAUCUAUUCCCAUUAAAUUCAUAUAAUACCAGCAACAUGGGUAAGAACGUCACAUUGUUCGAUGGCCCAGGAGUCGAUUCCACCAAAGCGCCGAUCGAAAAUGUCUUGGAACUAACGCCCGUUGUUGACAUCGGCCCGGAUGUUUUCACUAAUACCCGCCCCCUCUGGCACCCCCCAGGAGCCCGCGGUAUCUACGGCGGCGCCGCGAUAGCCCAGUCCCUCUCCGCAGCCAUGCGAACCGUCCCCUCCGAUUUCGCCGUCCACAGCAUGCACUGCUACUUCGUGCUAGCCGGCGACUCGCAAAUCCCCAUCCUCUACCAUGUCGAACGAGUGCGCGACGGACGAAGCUUCAUCACGCGGACGGUGCAGGCGAGACAGCGGGGCCGGCCCAUCUUCACCACGACACUGAGUUUCAGUCGGGCUAAUAGUGGUGGGAAGAAGAAGUUGGAGCAUGCGGCGCUGAAGCCGGAUAUUGCGAUGCCGGAUGAGACGUCUUCGUUGAGUGCGAGGAAGAGGUUGGAGAAUGAGGGUGGUGGGGGGCCGUUUGAGAGCCAUAGGGCGGGGAUUGUGAAUCGUGCUUCAAACCCCGAGGAUAAGAGGAUGCGUCGGUUUGUCCGCGCAAGGGGGCAUAUUUCGGAUGAUGGGGGCCAUCAGGCGCAUCUUUCGGCCCUAGCCUACAUUACGGAUAGUUACUUUAUCGGGACUGUGUCCAGGGUCCACGAUGUCCCUCGGUUUUCCUCUCCCGAAGAGCUGCAGAAGGUUCUGAACGCUCUCAAGAACCCAUCAGACCUGGACGAUGAGGACAUCGCGCGGGCCCUGAAGGAGCUGAAGGAAGAGGAAACCACGGAACUUCGCCGUCGUCUGGAAGGCGCGCUAAGCAAAGCCAUGGGUAAGCCAGAGGAGCACAAGGAAGUGGGUAUGAUGGUCAGCCUGGACCACUCAAUCUACUUCCACAACCCUUGGGCGUUUCGGGCAGAUGAGUGGAUGCUCAUCGAAAUGGAGAGCCCGUGGGCCGGAGAGGGUCGGGGCUUAGCCAUCCAGAAGAUUUGGUCUAAGGAUGGGGUCUUGGUUGCCACUUGUACGCAGGAGGGAGUCGUGCGGUUAAAACAGGACGAGCCGCCCCGUUCGAAGAUCUAGUGGGCGCGAAUAUUGGCAUGGCCCAAUCUUAUUGCUUCGUUUAAGUGUAUACCCUUCAUUUCAGUGCGUUACUUGUUGUAAUUAGACGGCCGGACGGAGUAUAUAGACUGGCCCGGCCUGCUUUGGUUUUCUUCUGUUUCUACUCUUUGUAUCCCAUUCUUUUCAUUUUAUAGAUCUUUCCUAUUCAAUUAUCGUCUAAAGUUUUUUUUUUUUUUUUUU